CUCUGUACAAAUUCACUCUGAGAGGCAAUGACUAUUUUUUCACGCAAUAAAAGCAGCUCCAAGGCCGACGAGCCUCAGUACAUAUCAGGCCGUAAUAUGCCAGCGUCUAAUGGACAAGAAGAGUCUUCAGAUAAGAAGAAAAAGGACUCAGACAAGAAGGAUAAGGCUACAGAUAAGAAAGAAAAGACUCCAGCUUACAAGAUCGUCUGUUUACCUCUGGAUACUCGAUCAGGUCGGGUACUACUAGUCAACAAAAGCGAAAAUUCCAAUAAUUGGGUCUUGCCCAAGACAGAUGAUGCAGAAGUACCACAGCCUGAAGCAACAGCUCAUGCUAUUGCGGCCAAUAUUGUUGGCGUUGAAGGUCGUUUGACGAACCACAUUGGAGAAUUCACACAAUCAGGAAAGAAGCGAGUCAAAGCAUAUGUCAAUGCUUAUGAAUUCCAGGUCAUGAACAUAUUGAGUGAAUACCAAUGCAAAGAAAGUCGUGGUCGCAGAUGGUUUACAUAUGUAGAGGCCAUGCACAUCUUGAGCGAUAAACCAUUUCAGCAAAAUAUCCUUCGCAAAGCAUCCAUUGCACCAAAGUUUUGAUUGUAAAACCAUUUGACUGGCAUCAAAAUUGUACAAUUGAAUUUUUCGUUCACUUUAUUCCUAUUACAUCCUGAUUUUGCCCAUAAAUUACCAAGGCGUCAUGAAACAUUUGACGUGAACGCUUAUUUCUGACAGCUAGUGUGGAAAAAGGAUAAAGCGACACAAACGAAGAGGUUUCAGUUGGAUGAUCGUCUUUAGACGUACUUCAUCUGGUCCUUAAAUUUAUUUCGGCG